AUGGGUUCCCACUGUGCCAAGCUCAGCACAAGCCACAGCCGGGGCCACGAAUCCUCCAUGAAGAAGCUCGUGGCCUGCGUGAGCCAAGAUAACUUCUCCUUGUCUUCAGAGGGUGAGGAAGAGGAGGAAGGAGAAGAGGAAGAAGAAGAGGAGCUCCCGGUACAGGGCAAGCUGCUGCUGAUGGAGCCCGAAAGGCAGGAGGAGGGCACCGAAGACGACCCCGUGGCCCAGCAGAGCCCCAAGCCCAAGCAGACACUCUCCUGAUCCCAGCUGAUGACCCAGGAAGAGGUACCUGCUGC